GGAAGAGCUUCGGCAGAGGCUAAAACUGCCAGAGUUCAGCAUGUCUGAGCCUGAAGCGCAAAAAGUUUACAUGAUCUUAAGGCUUGUUCCCCUGAUCCAUCUACUAUAAGUAACUUGAUAGAUUGUCGAAAAACAUGAUCCUGAAGCACUAAGAAGAGGCUACAGCAGCUUUUCAAGGGGAACAAAAGGAAGGGAAUUAUUACGAGCUCUUCUAAUGAUUGCUUCUCUUGUUUCGGAGCUGGAGUCUGACCUACGACAGAGGGAGGAACAAAGUUCUGCAAUUGCCAAAACGAGUCAAAAUCACGUUGUUGGAGCAGCACAUGCACAGACGCAGACACACUCGCCUGCAACCACUGGUCCUGGAGUUAAGAUCGAAAAAUGAGCAUUGGUAGUCCUCAGGACUGGUGGGAAGAUCCAUUUUUCUCUUGUUCUACGGUAUUGCCCAGCUCUACCUGCGUGAACAACAUCGUCGUACUAAAUAAAGCCACUACUAUAAUAUUAAAGGUGUACUUAUUAUUAAAAGGGUGUACUAUAUUAAAAGUGUGUACUAUGUUGAAGGUGUACUAUAUUAAAAGUGUCGCUACCUGGUGCAGCUGGUGUUAUAUCUUCCUUCUUGAAGAGGUGUGCCAGGUGUUUCCCAACGAUAAAUGUUGCGGAAAUAGAAAUAGAUGUUCUAGGGGACGAGGCAGCGGCUUCCCACGCUGCCUGAGAGAAGCGUCGUCGUGAUCUUGUUCUAAAUCUGCAUACAUCACUCGUUCUCGUUGUAAUAUUAACACGUCAACAUACGAGAUGGUGAUGCUGCAGCUAGUAGUAUAUUACUCGUUGUAUCAUACGUUGUAGCCUUCAUCUAAUACAAGACUCUACGACGACGUAUUAGCCAGGCUAGAGAAGCAGACCCAAGAGGCGGAAGAAAGGGCGUCUUUGAUUCGGUGGCUUUUGACUGCGGUGCUGACAAUGCUUAGGACGCAGCGAGGAGGACCUGAGGC